AUGCUAGUGUUAGAAGGUUAUUGUGAAAGGAGGUUUAAACUGGAACAAGUUUUGAUAUUGAGCAGGCAUAAUGUUCGAACUCCUUUGUCUAAAAACCUGUUUGAGUUUACUCCGAAGAAAUGGCCGAAGUGGAAGGAGAAAAGUGGUUAUUUAACAGCUAAGGGAGCCUUAUUAGAAGGAUAUAUGGGUGAAUACUUCACUUCUUGGCUGCAAAAAGAAGAAUUGUUGAACAAAGACUGCCCAAGUGAGGAUACAUUCUUUGUUUACUCCAAUACUGCUCAACGGACGUUAGCAUCUGCAGAAGCAUUCAUCUCUAAAGGCUUCCCUGACUGUAAUAUAACUAUACAUCACACAUCAGAAAGCAAAGAUCCUAUAUUUAAUCCAGUAAUACAUAAUAAUUCGGCCAUGUUUAAACUAGAGGCGUCAGAACAAAUGAAAGCAUUACUCAAAUCUUUAAACCUUAAUACUUCAUAUGAGGAUUUAGAAGAUAUACUUGAUUAUAAGCAAUCCAAUUAUUGUUUGAACGAGAAAAAGUGUGAUUUUACUAAAGACAUGAAUAAAAUUUUUGUUGAUGUCGGUUUUAAACCGAAUUUGGAAGGUCCGUUAAAAAUAUCGAAAUCUGUCAUAGACUCUUUUAUCAUGGAGAACUAUGAAGGGUUUCCGAGCAAGGAGGUUGCAUGGGGAUUAUUAAAAAAUGAACAGCAAUGGGAUUUAGUUUUAGCACUAAGUAAAGGCUACCACAAUGUUAUUUUUAACACAAGUUUAGUGGCUAGAGAUUUAGCGAGACCAUUAUUGAAAUACAUUAGUCAUAUUAUGUUCGAAAAACAAUAUAAAAUAGCUUUACUUAUGGGCCAUGAUGCUAAUAUUUACACGGUCCUCAAAAGCCUGGAUGUCAAGCCUUUUAGUCUUAAGAACCAGCAUGAAAAGACCCCUGCGGGUGGUAAGAUAGUGUUUCAAAAAUUGUUGGAUGAAAAUUCUGGCAGUUAUUAUUUAAAGUUGGAUUAUGUCUAUCAGUGUACUGAUCAAAUGAGGGAAGGUAAGAAAUUGUCUCUGAAUAAUCCUCCAGAAUUCACCCCUUUGCAAUUGGAGGGUUGCCAGUUAGAAGAAAAUGGGUUUUGUCUAUGGAAUGAUUUUGUUAACUUGUUGUAUGGCUUGGUUGAUAAUUAA